AUGACUUCUACUCAGGUCCUAUGUCUAGGAGCAUCGUCGUGGCAGCCUAGACCAUCGACGACGCAACGACCUUCACGAUCGCCGCUCGUUCCUCAGUCAUGGAGACUUCUCCUAGUGCCCUUAUUUCUCACCAUCAUCCAAGUCUCCCACGCCCAGCUUGACCCCAUUAGAAACUUCUGCCGAAUUUUUGGCCACCAAACCGCCGUGAUCGACAACAGGCUCUACAUAGACGGUGGUUUCAUCAACUACAACCCCAUCUCCCAGUAUCCAGCCAACUACACGAACACCGCUCUCCUCUACCUCGACCUCUCAACCAUCACCGAAUCCGGCAUGCCCCCUCUCUUGGCCACUUCUCCACCAAAGAACUCCUCCGUCCCCUCCGUUCACGGCGCCGCCCUCUGGGCCGACCAACUCAACAAGCGAUUGUAUCUCUUUGGCGGCGAACCUCCUCCUUCGCUUCCUACGUCGAAUUACUACCUGCCCUCGUUAUGGUACUUUGACGCUGUGUCGGAAGGGUGGGGACUGGUUGCCCCCAAGAACAACCCAAAUCAGGUGAAGAUAGACGGAGUGUCGUACGGAGCUGGGGCCAGUGUGGAAGAGAGAGGGGAAGGGUAUUAUUUUGGUGGAUGGAUUACUGAUAGUAGUACGGGGAAUUCGACGGGAGUGGCGUCAGGGGGGUUGGUGAAAUUUGAUUUUGAUGAGGGACAGUGGUCGAGAAACGAAGGGCCUGAUCAAGAUGAACAUGCAAAAGUAGGGAGGGCAGAAGGAGCUAUGGUGUUCAUCCCCAUUGGGGAUGGCGGGAUGUUGGUUUACUUUGGGGGACUGAUGCAGAGCCAGAGUGAAGAUGAUAAAAAGAGUGGGAAUGUGACAACAGAAGGCCAGCCGAUGGAGAUGAUUUAUCUGUAUGAUGUGCUGAGUAGUAAGUGGUACGUGCAGAACGCAACGGGGGAGGUUCCGGGUAAGAGGAGGCGGUUCUGCGCCGGUGCGACGUGGGCAGGUGAUAAGAGCAGCUAUAAUAUAUACAUCUAUGGCGGUGCCUCGACUCCCCCGGACAACCACUCUGGUUACGACGACGUAUACAUCCUUACCAUUCCCUCCUUCCAAUGGCUGAAGCUGUAUCCCAAGCCCUCCGACAACUCUGAUCCAAGUCAGAAUAACCAGCAAGGGGGAGCUUACCCCCAUCACUCUCUGACCUGCAACGUCAUUUCCCAGGCCCAAAUGCUGAUUAUUGGGGGAAGCUUCCCCCUCUCGACCGACUGUGAUGUGCCCUCCCAGUUCGGCACACAUAAUCUCGACCUAGGCGAGCAAAAUGCCAAAAAGGAACCGUGGCAGUUGUUCGACUCAAAUUUGACCACAUAUGCCGUGCCGGAUGUGGUGGUAAAGGUAGUGGGAGGUGGGAAGGACGGCGGAGCGACCAAAAGGGAACCUGAGAAGGGCUGGGCACAUCCGGAUUUGAAGGUCCUGCUGACGAGGGGAGCAAAGUUUGCGGCGAGAACUGCAACGCGGAGUGUCCCGAGUGCGACAGGUAGUUCUGAUGCGAACAGAGGAGGGACAGACCUUUCGAAGGGGGCAAUUGCUGGAAUCGCGAUUGGUGGAGCAGUUGCUAUUGUUGCGGCGCUGGUCGGGGCUUGUUGGUUCAUCAAGCGACAUCGACAACGAAGGAUUCUGGACCGGAAGAACAGAAGGGAGAAGUCUCUUGCUGAUGGCGCCAGGUUGGGUACUGUGGCUUCACACUCGGAUGUGCCACCAUGGAGCCCGGGGAUGACGGCUACAACCGGAUAUACAUCCACAAGUCCGUGUUCUGACGGCCCGUUCCAGAGACAGCAACAGGGGAAUAGCACUUUUUCGGUCAAUGUUCCUCGCCCGCCCGCGGAGUUGGAAGGAAAUACGUACUGGCAGGGGCCAGACGGCGUAACGUACGAGCUGACAAGUCCGGGGUCGGUGGUAUCUGAACAGCACCAGCAAACUCUCCAAACCAAGGUCGAUUCCCAAGGACGGGUGUGGAUGCAGGUCCCACCAGCAGGAAGAGGUGAUCACGGUAGUCCUAUGUCAAGGCAUAGGACAGUAACCAGAAUUGGGUCAGAGUUUGGGACGCCCACAACAACAGCAGCUGACCCUCAUGGAAUGGAAUCCCCACCGACACACUCGCCGACAGAGCCACAAGAACUCGGCGUCAAUCCGAAACGCGGAAGUACGGAUGCCACAACAAUCUUGACGGGUUCGGCAGGCUGGGAUGCGGCAAGGGGAAGACCUAAGCAUCACACUUUCUAUCAUCCAUGA